AGAAGCGAGAGAAUAGUCCUUUAAUCAACCUAGCUUAUCUUCACGAUAAAAAAAAUAUCAACUCUAGCUUAUCUAGUCCAAACAUGUGGAUUGGUUUCCUAAGAUACCGAGAAGUGUAACCAAAAUAUGAUUCCCCAGGAAGAAGCACCAAGAAAAUGGCAUUCACUAGGGAAUAUUCCGUUAGAGCACGCAUGAUGCACUUGUGCAAACUGUGGAGCAAAAUAAUUAAUUAAGAUUAAAAUAAAAUAAAAGGAAAAACGAAAAAGAAAGAAAUAAAGAUAAGGAAAAUGAUAAUCGAAGAGAGAAGAAUAUUAGGCCGCAACAAGAAGUUGCAAAACCAAUUCACGUGAAUAAGUUUUCUAGUGGUCCCACUGUUUACAAAUUGCCUCUACAAAUUGAAGAAAUCAUUCUUUUGAUUGGUCUCAAAUAUUUUUUGAGCUUGGUGAGGAUAGUAAUUUAAAACAAGCUUUAAUUUCGUCCAGACCAAAAAUAUUGGCUACUAGAACCAUGAGCAACACAGAGGAAAAAUACUAGUCAAUUACUGCUCCACAUAUUGGUUACAUUCGGCAAGCUAUUUUUUAUGCUCUUGAUGAUAUUUGUGCAAAGAAAUCUGCUAUGAAGCAGAUAAUGAAAAGUGAUCCAGCACUUGAUAGAGCUUGUGGCAGGACAGAUUUGAUCACAGGAUCAGGAAGAAGAAAUUGCUCAUGCCAGUCAUCGUGAAAGAAAUUCAAAAGAUUCAAGUUGCCACAAGUUUCAGGCGACAGGUCCAGGUUCAUAAAAAGAACAAAAUAUAUUAUACAGGUGUUCAUUUCAGUGAAGACGAUGAGCUAGAAUCAGUCUUCUCCAUUGAAGAUGAGCCUACGGAGGAAACUCCCUUUUCACUUGAUGUUUAUGAGGAAUAUGGUGAUAAUUAUUACCAAAUUUCAGAUUCUAAACCACAGGUGAAAGAGGAGAUCAACAGCAUCAUGGUGAUCCCACAGGCAGAAAUUAAAGUCUAUGCAUCCAAGUGGGACAAACCAACACAUGUGACAGCUUUCUUUGAUAUAGGAGCGGCCUUAUCGCUCAUUAAUCCAGCAGUUUUUCCCGAUGAGUAUUAGGUGCCAUACUUCAAGAAUUUCAACACAGCCUCAAAUGGAAUUCUGACCAUAACUGUCAUCACAAAGCACCUGAUCACCAUUGAGUUCUUUCCAGGACUGAAGCACGGGACCAAAUUAAUUGGUUCGGACGUUCCAGGUAAGAACUUAAUUAUUGGUUUUGACAUUUACAGGAUGUUGCAGGAUAAGAUCCAGAUCAGAGCCAAUGGGAUAGCAUUUAAAAAACAAUUCAAGCCUUAUUAUGCAUUUCCAAGAUUGUUCCAGCUCACUGAAGAGAAUCAUGUGAGGGAAAUUGAGUUGCAAAUUGCGCAACAGUCUUGCACAGAAUCCCACACUGAAUUCAUGACCAAAUGUGACAACCCGUUGUGGAAAAAUAAAGAGUUCUUCAUUAAAUUUCCUUUCAAGAAAAAUGAGAGCAUCAAUCCAACAAAGGCCAGUCAUUCAGGUAUGAAUCCCGAGCACCUUCUUCUUGCGAAAAAGGAAUUCAAGUGUUACACCUUGGAAUUUCGUGUCGCUCGCAUUAUGAGCAUGCCAAUGUAAAUCUAAAGUGGACAUGAAGCCCUUGGAAGGUUAAGAAGGAUGUUUGAUGAUUCUAAUUAAGAUUCCAAAGGCAUUUGAGGCAAAAUAAGUAAGUUCGUCGGAGAAAGUUAAGGUUGAGCCAUGUUUUGGGAAAUUUCGCAUCCUUUGAGCUAUGCUUUGCCUAGAAUCACCUUUAGGGAGAGAUAUAAGGAUCUUUAUAUGGUUAAUGAAGUUUUAUACAAGUGCCAAGAAGGUUCCAUAAGGAUUGGAGAUCAAACGAAUCGGAAAGAUCGCAUUUUCGCGAAACCGGGAGAAAGUGAGCAGUGUGCGGUCGCACACUCAAUGUGCUGACCCGCACACUACACACCAACUUUAUAAAAUGGCUGGACAUAAUUCCCAAGGCUCUCCCCAGGGUGUAUUGUGCAGCCUCACACUUAGUGUGCUAAGUCGCAUACUCUUCGCAAAGUUGGUCGGGGUGUGAUUUGGCCACCUUUUAAAAACCCAAACGACCCCAAACCCAUUUCCACCUUCUCUCACUUAUUUACCUACCUUUAUAGAGUCUUCUUGAGAUCUUUUUAAGGUUACCUAACCCUCCACACCUUUCCAUAUCAUCAAGAGAGAAGAUCAACAUCAAAAGCUUAAGGUAAUCUAAGGAGGGUGAUGGUUCUUGUUUCUAUUCAAAGUUGUGGUGAACUUGAGCUUGGAGAAAGUUGAGUGAGGUGAAUUUCUUUGAUUGUAAGGUAUGUUUUCCAUAUUUUUCUUAUGGUU